UCAGUUUUAAUAGUGUGCAAAAUGGAGAGGGAUAUAUUAUUGAACAGAUCGACUGAAGCCGACAACAUGGCGCACAAAGAGAAAUACGAGAUGAAUUUUCCAACCAAGGAAGCUAACGGACAUGAAGUCGAACCUUUCACAUGUCCAAUGACGAAGUUUCAAAUUCUUAAAAAUUUGUUCGUCAUCAGUUUUGGAUUUGUGUUCUUGUUCACAGCUUAUCAAUCUAUGGCUAAUCUCCAGAGUAGUUUAAACAAAGAAGAAGGAGUCGGCACCGCUAGUUUAUCUACUCUUUAUGGAGCUCUUGUGGUCUCUUGUAUGUUCGUGCCACCGAUAUUAAUAGCUCAUCUAGGAUGUAAAUGGACCAUGCCUCUAUCUAUGUGUGGCUAUGUCUUCUAUAUGGGCGCUAACGUAUAUGCCGUAUGGGAGACCAUGCUUCCUGCAGCAAUUAUCCUGGGUUUUGGUGCCGCCCCUCUUUGGUCCGCCAAGUGUGCCUAUCUAACAGAAACUGGUGUUUGGUAUGCUAAAUUAACCGGUCAGUCUGCGGAUGCCACUAUUAAUCGCUUCUUUGGAAUAUUCUUUAUGAUCUUCCAGUCAAGUCAGAUAUGGGGAAAUCUUAUAUCAUCAACGGUAUUUAGUAUUACACCAGAAAAUGGAACAACUUUAAAUGUAACAAAUGAUCUUAAUAAAUGUGGUGCCAAUUUUGAUCCCACAGACCCCCCGACAAACAAUACCAAUCUGAAGAAACCAGAACAAGAGCAGGUUUAUUUAUUAUGUGGUAUUUAUAUUGGUUGUGCUGUAGUGGCUGUUAUUAUUAUAUCUGUUUUAUUGGAUAAAAUCAUCCUUGAAAAAGAUGAGGAAAGACAAGGUCGACCGUCUCCAAAACUUUUGAUUGCUACCUUUAAACAUCUGAUAUCAUCACCAGCACAACUUUUACUUAUACCUUUAACUAUCUACUCAGGUGUUGAACAGGCUUUUUUAUCAGGGGAUUAUACAAGGUCGUAUAUUACGUGUUCAUUAGGGAUAUGGAAUGUAGGCUAUGUGAUGAUCUGCUAUGGUGUUGUUGAUGCUAUUUGCUCGUUUGCUUUUGGAAGAAUGGUACAAUUUGUUGGUCACAUUCCCUUCUUUAUAUUAGCAUUUAUUGUUCAUGGCGGUGUACAAAUAACACUGUUAUUUUGGAUACCAGAUCCAGAUGCCAUAGUUAUAUUCUAUGUACUGGCAGCUUUGUGGGGAAUGGGGGAUGCUGUCAUUCAAACACAAAUAAAUGCUUUCUAUGGAUUUUUAUUCAAAAAGGAUGCAGAGCCAGCCUUUGCUAAUUACCGUUUAUGGGAAUCAACUGGUUUUAUUUUCGCAUACGCCUACAACGACUUUAUCGUCACCAACGUUAAACUGUACAUUUGCAUGGCUUUCCUGGUGGUCGGAAUGGCUGGUUAUGGUACUGUUGAGAUUAUGCAGCGCACAAAAGCUUCCCAAUCUGCUGACAUCACAAAAUACGAGAAUGACGAAUAAUACGAAUCGAGUGGGGGCGAGGGGAGGUUAAAAAAAUCAAACACCUAAAGUCUCUUUAACAAAUCUAACAAAAAAGCCCCCCCCCCCCCCCAAAAAAAAAGGUUUAAGGGGCAUAUUAAAGGCAGUAACGAGUCUAGUCUAGAUUCCCAAUCAGAUUAAGGCAGAAAUGAGUCUAAUUCUCCAGUCAAUUUAAGGGGCGUAUUAAUGGCAGGAGUGAAAUUAUUGAGUAAGAUGUAUUAAUGAGAGCAAUGGGUCUAAUUUCCUAUAGAAUAAAUUGCAACAGAAGGUUUCGUGGAAUCGCUUACUGGUUCACUUUGCCUUGUCACAUUCAACCUUACAUCCACGGUGGAUGAUUUUGAGGAUUGUCCCUGGAGCUUGUGCGGAGUCAAUUGUUUUGGGCAUGUCUUUUCUGGGUUUAAUUCACCGCCCCUCCCAUUCACAUCUGCACCUGGUAGUACACCUUGAUAGUUUGCAAUACCUAGAGUCGACCGUAAGCUCUGAAUAUGUUGCAAAGUAUCAUGGUUUCUGUGUGUACUACAAGGCGCACUGCUUCUUCCACGGAGUUAAUAUCCGAGUUCUUCUCGGGCGUUUUAACUGCUGUUUAUGGGUAUUCGUAGUUCCCUUGGCUAGAUGUCGGUAAUAUCGAAUACACACACUCGAGUCGUUUACGUAUAUAUAGAGAGUUUGCUAUAUCGCCUCAUUUUAUAAGAUCCCCGAUUCUAGUUUUGAUAUGCCAUAUUAUAAUAUACUUUCACAUGCGUUGUUCCCUUUCUGUCUGCUAAAGUUCACGGGUACUUUCAGAUGAACCUGGUGGCGACUUGUGUAAAGUUUUCCAGAAAGAGCAAAAUAAUUACCGUCUUUGACACCGCACCACAGGAAACCAAAAUAAAUACGAUCUAAUUUAGUCCAAUCAUAUAUUAAGCAAACAAUUAAUUUUUAUCAACCAAUGAAGAUGUUUCUUAACUUAUUAAUAUUUGUUUCUGUACCUUUAUCUUGAAUAAAACGACAUAUCGGUAAAUAUUUGGUAUGAUAUCGCAAUAAUCGUGUUGUUUUUUUGUUAUUUUAUUGUAUUUUACGAACGAAGGUUAAAGGUAUUUCGAGAAGACAAGUAAGUUUAAUGUCAUACAUGUAUUAAAUAUUGGGCGUCAAAGUUCUAUAUUGAACUGGCUUAUGCAUGUUUUUGUGGUAUAUUACCGCAAUAAAUCUGUCAGCUAUAUACGUGUAUUAAAUGAUAAA